AUGAAGCGAUAGUAAACCAAUAUAUAUGCAAAUGUAUAAGAGGAUUCAGUUCGCUAACAAGAAGGUUGGAGUCAUGAAAGUGAACAAGAUGAAAAAGAGUAGCAAGAAGAAGAUUUUUAAUCAAACUUCAUUAGCAUCUAAGUUAAUGAGUCCUAGCAGUAAAACACUGAAAAGAUAUCAUAGGUAACUUUUUAGCCUUUAAAGAAGACUCUGUAAGCUAAUAAAAUGGAAUAUAAGCUUAAUUAAAAUCAUGUAAAAGAAAAAUUUUCAGGUUUAUUAAAUGCAGAAUCAUUAGUUGAUGAAGAUAAUAGCACUCCUCGUUUGUAGCAAAAUUUAAAAUCUAGCAUAAGCUAAGGUGUAGAUUCAUCUAAAUCAUAAUAAGCAAAAAGAAACAUUGAAGAAGUUUUGGGAGGAAAAAGCAUUCAUGCAAAGACUUCAUUUAAGUCUUUAUUUCAAGGAUAAAGUAAAAAGUUAAAUUAAGGGUCACAUAGCCUUUUUGGAACAUUUUAAAAGUAGGACUCAGGAGUAAAAGAAUAAAGUAACAAAAAUGAGCAAAUGCUAUAAACUCAAAAUCGGUUAUAAUAACUAGGAUAAAUUACAUAGCAAAGAGUGUAUUCUGAGACGGAUUUUUUAAAAAAUGCUAAAUAAGAUACAAAAAUAAAUGAAAUGACAAUUAAUUCAAAAUAGGCUCUAAAUGGUGUUUUUUUUAAUUCUUAGUUUUCUAGCUUUCAAAAGCCUUAGAGUAUUUCUUCACAGAGUAAGCGAGUUUCAACAUCAUAAUCAAGAUCUUAGAUAGACUUUAUGAGAGGGUCUACUUCUGGUGGAGUUAGACCUAUUAACAGGGGAAAUCUUUUAUAGCAUUAAUCAGCAUCUCAUGCUUAGACUCCUGGAGAUGGCUCAAAAAGAGUGAAAACUUAAGGAGAAUCAACCUUUGAUGGUGAAAGUUAUGGUCAAAGUAUUUUCUUUUAAACUAGCAGAUAAACUAUCUCUUAAGGUAGUUAAAACAGCUAAAAUAAUUUUAAGUUUAAGAGAGUCUAAAAUUCAUCUCAUACUUAAAAACCUUCAAGUGAACUAAAAAGUAGUAAUUUGAGCGAUUUCAGGAACAUAUCUCAUAUUCAACCAAAAUAAAAAGAACAGACAUAAAUUCAAAUAGAAACGCCUUUAAUAAGCUAAUUUGAGAAUGAAACAAAUUAAAAGAUAAAAAACAGCAAGCAACUCAAUAAUAUUUAUUUAAAGAUGCUUGAUGAAUUUCAAAUUCCUUAUGAGUAAGAUAUUGAUAAAAUAAAAGCCAAAAUAAAUGAACUUAAAUUGUAAUCUCUAGAUGGUAUCCAUAACAUUGAUAAGUAGUUUGUAGUGAAUCUUUUGUAAAAGCAAGUUGAAUCUUAUAAAAUAGAAAAUAUGAAAGCACGAUAACUGAGAGCACCUACUAACAGAUAUGAAGUGGAAACUCUUUAAUAAUGGAUGGACUUUAUGUUGUUUAAAAUAUAUUAAGAUAAAACAGACACAGGAUAAGAAAUACUUGAGAAAGCAUAAUUAAUAUUUGAAUCCUGCUUCUAAGAGUUGUUUAAAUAAAUUAGCACAGAUUGUUAAGAGAGAGGAAUUUUACUUUAAAAAGUUUGGUCAAAUUAAAAUGAAAUAUUUAUCAAGCUUUUAGAAGAGUAGUAAAAAUAAAGGCUAAGAUAUGAAUAAGAAUCUUUAGAUGAAAUUUCUCGAGUGCACAAAAUGUACACAAAAGAAAUUUAAAGGCUUCAAUCAAAUUUAUCAGAUAUUAUUUCACAAAAAAAUAAAUUAACAGAAAGAUUUGAUUUACUUAAAAAUAAUGUGAAGUACCUCAAAAAAAACAACAAAUAUUUAACUAAAAUGACCAAAACACUGAGAGAAGAUAUAGAGUUUUAUAAGAAGAACAAUCAAGAUUUAGAAUAUGCUGCUAACUAAAUGAAAAGAGAAUAUUUAAAUUUGUCUAAUUCUCAAUAAUAAAUAGUCACAGUUACAAAGGCACAAAACAAAUCUUACAAUUAAAUUAAAAAUUCCUCAUAAAGCAACUUGUAAAAAAAAAAUAAUACAAAUAUAAAAGACAAAAAAUCAUCUUUGUUAAGUGUUUAAAAAUAGAAAAUUGUUAACUAAAGUGUUUACACUCUAAGCAAUAUCAAAUAACUAUAAAAUGAAGAUAGUUAAAGUGACGAUAGUGUAAAUGAUAAUAUGUCUUAAGAAGACAGCUAUAAUGAAAAUGUGAGCAGAAAUUCUAUUCCAAAAUCUUAUUAGCAAUAAACUUAGGAAUAUUUAUCUUAAUAAUAGUUGGAUAAUUCAAAAAAUAACCAAGCUAGCUCAGAAGAAAAUUUAAAGACUAUUAACAGUAUCUUAGAAUCUCAAUCUCAACUUGCUGUCAUAUAAGCUAAAUUCACUAAAAAUUAGAUAUAAAUGUAAGAGAUUAGUGAUGAUGAUGACGAUGAUGAUAUAUAUUUAGUUGAUAAAUAGAUUGAUGCUUAAGAUUGGUAGAAUGAAUUCCAUAGAGAAAUUGAAAUUAUGACAGAUGGAGCUAUGAAUGACAUUGUUUUUAAGAGCGAUAUUAUUACUGAAGAAAAAUCUACUUAAAUAGAUUUAAAUAUAUUUAAAGAGUUUGGUAGCUUUUUAGCAGAUAAGGAAGUCCAAACAACCGACUUAGAUCCUGAGUAUGAAGAAAAAAUGAAAGGCUAAGAUGUAUAAGGCUUAGAAAAAUUUUUGGAUAACAUUUCUAAAGCAUAAGAUUUAUAUGAAAAAGCAAUGAAUAGUGUAAAUAUACCUUUCGAAGUCAAGAAAGCAAUGCAUGGCUACUUAAAAUUUUUGCAUAAAAAUCAAGAGCAAAUGUAAUUCUUACUAAAAACAGAAAUAGGUUUAAAGGAAAAAUAUCAUAAAGAGAAUAUUUUGUUAAAAAUUUUCAAGUAAGAAAACUAAAAUACUUUAGAAGAGUUGAAUUAGAAAAUAGAAUAACUUGAAGAGGCCAAUAGAAUUAUUACCCAAGAAAAUCAAGAAUUGGAUAGAAAUGUUAUCUAGUUAGUUAGAAGAACAAAAAAAUUAACAACAAACAUGGAGCAAUUCAAACAAAUAUCUUCAUAACUAUAUUCUGAAACAUCAAAAUUAGCAGACAAUUUAAGUAAGACUAAUGCACUAGAUCUGAUUAUAAAAAAAGUUUCAAAGGGAGUUGAUAUUGAUGAAUAGGAUAUUGAUAUAUUAAGGAAUAGAUUCUCAGGAAAUAGUUAAGCUUAGAUUAAAUCUUAAAAUGGUUUCUUUAACUAAUUAUUCAAAUCCUAAAAAAAUAUAUCAGAAAACCAAUUAGAAGAGGAAAAUGAUGAAGAGAAUAAAUAAGAUAACGAAAUUGGUUAAAGUUAAUAAUUCAAACGAGAAUAAAAUAAAUAAAACACAAUUGUAUUAUCAAAAAUAAAGAGUGCAGUAAAAUAAUUAUUUGAUUUAAAUGAAAAAUCCUUUAAGGAUGAUGAUUCUUCAAGUAGUGAUGAAGAAGUUGAAUAGCUAAUGACAUAGUCAAAGAUGAUGAAAAAUUAAUCAAAAAUAAGAUUUUCUGAAAAUUAGUCUCCUUCUCUUACAAAUUUAGCUCAUGGUAUUUCACUUCAAUAAUAAAAAAGUAGUCAAAUUCUUGAAAAAUCAAAACAAUACACUUACAAAUUCAAUAAUCCAAAAUUCGAAAGAAAGAAGGUAGUUAAGGUUAAUAGUGUCAAUGUGAAUUCUUCUUUAAUAUUAUAUAAUAAAAUAACGAGAAGGGUAUAGAAAUCGUAAGCAAAGAUGACUAUGACAAAGAAAAACGUAUGUAAGUACAUAACUAAUAUUUAUAAUGAAAAGUAGAAGAAUGAGUUGAGCAGAAGUGAUCCUUUACAUGUCGUUUGUUAUGACUACUUCCUUUCUAGUUUCGGAUUAAAGAAAGUAGCUGAAACAAAAAUCUUGCAAUUUUAUGAAGCUUUAUACUUUUUUAAGAGUAGCUCGAUAAGAAUAAAACUGUUUGGGUAGUUUUUGGGUUUAUUUGAAGAGUACUCUAAUGAUGAGUUAGAUUAUUACCUUUCUACUCUCAAGUAACUGGAUGAAGAUGUUCCUAAUUUUGUCUAAACUUAGCAUCAGCUUACUGAAAUAGUUUAUUGCUCUUUUGAAAAAAUCAUUAGCAUACUAAAAAAGCAAGAAGAGGAAACAAAUAAAAUAUUUAUUGAUAAAUAAAUUUCUCAUAUCUAAAAGAAUAGAGUGCUUUCUAAGUAAAAUAAUAAUUAUCCUAUGGUUGACGUUGAUAUUGCUAUGGAGAAAGUUUUAGAAGGUUAUCAAAGAAUUAAAUAAAGCAAUAAAGAGUUGAUCAUAUUAUUUACAUCAGCAGAUUUAGAUUUAGAUGGGGUAAUUGGAUUCUAUGAAUUUAUUUGCUUAUACAAAUAUAUAGAGGAAAAAGAAGAUGAUAAUUUAGAUUUACUAAGUGCCAAAAAACUCUUCUUUUCUAAAUGUGAUACUUUAAAUAGUGAGACAGGUGAAAAAUCUUUGUCUUUAGAAGCAUUCGUAAGUAUGUGUACUGUUAGCGGAUUUUUCAGAUAAGAUAAAGUUUAGAAAUUUAUGAAAUAGUAGAAUCUCUCUCCAAGCGAUUGCUAGAAUUUCGAGUAAUUAAAGAAUAAUCAAGUAGAUUUAAUCCAAUAAAUCAAAAUGAGACUAAUUAAGGCUAAUGCUUAUAGUCCUUUCUUCUCCAAAGCAAUUCAAAAUUUAGUAAAAAUAAUUUAAAAUUCAUAAAUAGAUAAUGAGUAAAAAUAAACAACGUGGAUUUCUUAUAGAAUACUUGAUUUAGAAAGCAAAAAAGCUAUUCUUUUAUUCUAGAUGCAUAGCUUUAUUCCUACAGAGUUUAUUGAUAUAAACAUGAAAUAUAAAGAUAUUGAUGAAAAUGAUGAAUAGGAAUAAUACUGGCCAUCUGAAAGAAAUAUAAAUUACUAUAUAGCAUGA